AUGACGGGACGACCGGUGCUGCUUCUGCUGCUGCUGCUGGCGGGGACCCCGCGCAGCGCCCGCUGCUGCCCCGGGACCCUCGACCCGGCCCAGCCGCCCCCCGCCGCCGCCGCCCUGGGCGCGCUGCUCCGGUCCCUGCAACGCCCCGGCCGCCCUCCCGGGACCCUCCUCCAGCCCCAGAGGUCGGGGUGGGGGCCGCAGGGGGGGAACCAGGCCCGGCUCAGCCCCCGGAGCUGGGACCCCCCGCUCGCCCCGUUCUGGACGAUGGCGACCCCGCAGCGCUUCGGCCGCCGCCGCUGAGCGUCCGUCCCCGAGUCCGUC